CUCCAGGUAUUCCUAGCCGAGCACAAGAACACCGAAGUGCUAUAUGCCAUCAAGGCCCUGAAAAAAGAACACGUUUUGGAAAAGGGCAAUUUGGACAGUGUCUUCCAUGAGAAGGAAAUCCUCCAGACGGUAAGUUCUUCUAACCACCCGUUCCUAGUGUCAUUACAUGGAACCUUCCAGACGGAGUCUCACCUGUUCUACGUCAUGGAAUAUCUACCUGGAGGUGACAUGUUUGACUUCAUAAGAUCAGUGGAACUAGAAGAACCGGACGUCAUGUUUUACACCGCAUGCGUUGUCCUUGGCCUGGAGGCAUUACAUCAGCUUGGCAUUGUCCAUAGAGAUCUAAAGCUGGAGAAUUUGCUGUUGGACCGGGAUGGCUACCUUAAGAUCGUAGACUUCGGCCUCAGCAAAGACAGAUUUGGAUACAGCGACCGCACGAACACCGUGUGCGGAACAAGAACAUACAUGGCCCCUGAGAUCUAUCUGAAACUUGGAUACGGCAUGUCCGCUGACUGGUGGGCCCUAGGAAUUACUGUUUACAUCAUGCUCCUGUAUGAGCUGCACAUGAGAGAUGUAGUUCAGUACAGAGCCUGCACUAAGCUGAUAUUGCAACAAAUCUAUUAG